GGUCAAAGAAUUGACGUACAUUUCAUUGGAUAACGAUGGCAUCGCCACCACCGAAACUGUUUUCCCCUUCCAACAAACAAGAAUGUCAAGCGGCCGUGCGAAAGCUCAGUUGGGAAAAAGUUAUCUCCCUUGAUGCUGAAGGUGUUCAGCUUGGUAAACACGGACCUCUUACACUACUGCAAAUUGGCACACUGGAUGGAUCAGUCUACUUAUUUGACGUCAUGAUAAAUGAAAAUAAACAGGACAAAAAGUUUUUCACGGAGACGGGGCUUGACACCAUUUUAACGUCAACAAGAAUAGUAAAAGUAAUCCAGUCUUGUUCAGGAGACAGUGCAGCUCUGUAUCAUCAGUUUGGAAUCAGACUGGAAAAUGUUUUUGAUACACAGGUAGCACAUCUUGUGAUUGAAGAAGACAAAGGAAGAAAACUACCCACAAGGGAGAAACUUGUGGAUAUCUGCAGGUUGUAUUCCAAAAAUGCCGAAGUCUACGAAGGCAAAGCAGAUGUAAAGUUGGAAUGGAGCAAAAUUGCGGGAAACUAUUGGGCAAAGAGGCCAAUGACAAAAGAGAUGAUAGACUAUGCAAGUGGCGACGUAACUGCCCUUAUUCCAGAAGUUUAUGAAACACAAAAAACCUGUCUGGAAAACAAUAAUUGUCUUGAUUUAUUUGCGGAGAGGGUUCAAGAAGAAAUUGAACUCGAUAUAGAUCCUCUCGCUAAAGAACGCCGUAAAGAGAGAAACUUUAAAAUCAAAAUGGAAAUACUUGAUGAAAUGGCAAAAAAGUACAGAAGACAAACAGAUUUUGCAUCCAUUAGGGAUGAAGAUGAGAUCAAGACAUUGAAUGAUUCAAAAGUUGAAGAGAUGUCGGGCCUCCCUGAUGUGAUACAAGACUUAAAGCGGCAGUCCAUGACAAGUUUUCUGAAGUCCAUUGAAGAAAAACUUGAGACACCUGAAACCUUUAAUCCAGAUCGUGGUGUAAUGUACAAACUUAACGACAUUGGACAUUGCGGUUCUGAGCAGCUGCAGAAAGAAGCAACUCGAAUCAAGCAAGAAGUAAUCAAGGUGAUAAUUGGUGAUGUACAAACGAAGUAUAAUGCCGGCACACCCCUUGAGAAUAUAUCUGCCCCAGAAUAUCAGGCACUUAGAGGACUGAAACCACUUUCAGUUGAUUCACCACGUUAUCAGCCAACAGUAGUUGCCCUGCACUGGAAAAUUGCAGAAAAAGAACUUACAAAAGCUAUUGAUGAACUAAAAGCCGAUCCCAGUUACAACAUGACAAUACCGAUUUCUAAAUUGAGAUUUUUUACAAAUAACCCCGGUGUUCCAAGAAACCCAAAAGAGUUAGCACAGGUGUUGUUGGAGAAACAAGAAUCUGCCAUACUGCAGAGAGUACCAACUAAAUAUACAAGAAAUACUAAUACAGAAGAGCUGACGGAUUCCGAAAGGAUGGUUCUAGGAGGACUGAGGCUCUCAUCAGGCAAUUACCAUCCGGUCGUAGUGGCUUUGCACUGGAAGAUUGCAUUACAGAAGUUGGAUAAGGAUCUCGUAAGUUAUAGAGCCGGAAAUCUACGUGUGAAUGAUGGACUCCGAAAUAAGUUAAACUUCUACAUGAAGAAUAGAUCAGUUCCAAGUGAUAUAAAGCAGAAAGCUAAGGAAUUUCUCCAAGCUUUGCCGCAGUCAAACAGAGGCGGUGGAAGGAGGAACUGAACGUUGAGCUUUACACGUAAAAUGUCUUAAACUUUAAGUGAUACUUCUUGAUAACUUUAAGAUUAUGUUCAUGACGAAACUGUCUUAUAUCAGUUGUCCUUAUUGUGUUUGGAAUAUUGCUUUCGCUUUGUUACUUUUGUCUUAUAUUUACAUUUUUUGUCUAUUAUAUAAUUCUGAGGUUUUAUUAAGAGCAUGGGGCGGGGAUUUCCUCCUGCUAUAGUGUAUUUAUUUAAUUGGGUUUCACGGCGCAUCAACACAUUAUAGGUUAUAUGGCGUCAAACAGGACUACAAGUUUUGGUUUCACAUCUCAUUUAUAUCGAAAAUAUGAGAUAUGGAAUCAAAAUUUGCAUACCUGCUGGAAUCACAGAGUUACAGCAAAACCAAGUGUUAAGACCCUAUUAGUCACCUCUUACGAUCAUGCAAGGGUAAGGCAGUGGUUCCAAUUCUUUUCAUACACAGAUCAUCCCAGAACCACAUGGGGCUCCUGCUAUAGUGGCUUGAAGCCCUGGCUAUGUUCCCUGUUACAAAUAACGUUCUAAAUAAGAUAACGCCAAGACCCCAUCUCCCCUCCCCAUCCCCGCCUCUACUUUGCAACUUCCAUUUUUACUUCAAUAAUCAAUGAAAUCCCUGUAUUUAUCAAAAUGUGUAUGUCGUUUACUUUUUGUUAUUUUUUAUUUCUUACUUCCAUAUAUGUUGCGAUUGAUACCAAAUGUUUUUCACGAAAAAGUUCAAGUUCCAUCAUUGGCACUCGUUUUGUGUAAAUGCACUUUCAUUUCAAAUUUCAUAGAACUGUUAUUUUUAUUCUUUUAUAUAUAAUACCUUAUAUAAAAGCUCCAACUUAUUGAAAAUAUGUGUGCAGCCCUCACGCCGCAAACUAAACUUAGAUGUUUUAAUUUUAUUGCUUUGAAUAUGCAUUCUUGAUGAAAUGUGAAACGUGUAUAUUUGCAUUGAUUCUUAUUCAUCUAUAUUUUUAUUGAGGAGGUGUAUAUCAAGUAAACUAGAAUAACAAGAAUGCAUUCACCAAAUCCAUAACGUAAAUUGAGGCAUUCUUACGCAAAGUCAGACGUAAUUUAUACAUUAUUUUUAAAGUCUUUGGGUUAGUAUAAGGAUCUUUUUUGAAUUGUUGAGAUAUUUAUGAAAAUGCUAACUUGAAAAUUACUCGUUUCGAAAUAUUACAAAAUUUUACGUGCGACUAACAAAGACAUCAUGAAAUUUUAUAAAAUCCAUAACAAAUAAAAUAGAAAAAGUGAAAGCCCGCAAGUAGCCCAACACGACAAAAUGAAAAUAAUGCAGGCCUCGUUUGAUUUAGCCUGUUCAUUAACAGAGUAAAAAUACAAAAUACUGUCUGCGCCCUUUAUCCCUGGGUUGAGCAGAACUAAGCAUUUACACAUGUUACUUUUGUACAAUUACCAAAAUUCAAUAUACCAUAACAGAUAUCCGUAGAUGUGUUCGUUUGACGAAGUACAUGGAACCUUCAAUUAUACACUAGAGUAUAAAUCCAUGAAAAGUCAAAAUAAUAAUUUCAAAACUUUUUGAUGUCUGUCCGAAACGGCUGAAAUUUAUAAUGAAAAUUGAUUCUUCAUGAUAAACUAAUUAAUCAAGAAAUUUAGAGCAUUACAGAAAUUCCUCUACCAUCCUCGGAGUUCGUUAAACUGAUGUAUGGAAUGGCAUACUUUUAUGUCUAAAGAAAAUUAAUACAAAGCCUUGUUGCGGAAAAAGAUUGAUCAAACAUUACGUGACUGUUUGAAUUUAUUCCAAAGACUAGAAAGACUGCUGUACACUCAAUGACUGUUAAACUGAUUGUACUGAGAAAUACUUAUAGGUUAUCCUAAAGUCGCGCAAUAUUUUCGCUGCAGAACUCGUGCAUAUUAUAUGCGUAUAACCUUUUAUUACAUACGUAUCAACAAGUAUAAAUGUAAUGUAAGCAUUAUGAAUUUGUUCAAUAGCCUGAAUAAGAUGGACAAUACUGAACUAAAUAAAAGAAUUAAUGCAACGACACAUAUUAAAUUACAUCACGCACCCGAUAUGAAAUUCAGGCGUCAGUGUAUGGAAAAAUAUUGACGUUUCCGGUACCAUUGUAACUUAACGCAGCAUAGAAAUGAGUAUAUAACAAAUGUUUUUAUGAUGCCAUGAACUUGGGCAUAUAUGAAAAAACACGUUAUUUUAGAUGAGACAGUUUUAAUCUUUUUGAAAGGUGUUUAACGUACAGUUUGAUUAAAUAUAUUGAAAUGUUCACGAAAACAUGAACGAGUUUGAUUCUAUACUUCAUGUAUUAAUGAUUUGUGAAAUAAAAUGGAUGAAUCAC